GAGAAGAUGGGGAGAAAAAAGAUCCAGAUCCAGCGGAUCACGGACGAGCGCAAUCGGCAGGUGACCUUCACCAAGCGCAAGUUCGGUUUGAUGAAGAAAGCCUACGAGCUGAGCGUCCUGUGCGACUGCGAGAUCGCCCUGAUCAUCUUCAACCACUCCAACAAGCUGUUCCAGUAUGCCAGCACCGACAUGGACAAGGUGCUGCUCAAGUACACCGAGUACAACGAGCCCCACGAGAGCCGGACCAACGCGGACAUCAUCGAGACGUUAAGAAAGAAAGGUUUUAACGGCUGUGACAGCCCGGAGCCCGACGGCGAUGACUCGAUAGACCAGAGCCCCUUGAUGGAGGAUAAAUACCGUAAAGGCAGCGAGGAUCUGGAUAUCCUGUUCAAGCGAUACGGUUCCGCAGUGCCCGCGCCCAACUUUGCCAUGCCCGUGACGGUGCCGGUGACCAACCAAAACACGCUGCAGUUCAGCAACCCGGGCAGCUCGCUGGUGACCCAGUCCCUGGUGACCUCCUCGCUGACGGACCCCCGGCUCCUCUCACCGCAGCAGCCGGCGCUGCAGAGAAACACCGUGUCCCCCUGGAUGGUAUCCCGUCCCUCAGAAGCAGGGGCGAUGCUCGGGGGAGACCUGAACAACACGAACGGAGCCUGCCCGAGCCCCGUGGGAAACGGCUACGUGAGUGCCAGAGCCUCUCCGGGUCUCCUUCCCGUGUCCAACGGCAGCAGCUUGGGCAAGAUCAUCCCGGCCAAGUCCCCGCCACCGCCCUCCCACGGCACGCAGCUCGCCACCAACAGCCGCAAGCCGGAUUUACGCGUCAUCACCUCGCAGAGCGGGAAGGGGCUCAUGCACCAUUUGAACACGCAGCGGUUGGGGGUCUCCCAAGCGACUCACUCUUUGACCACGCCGGUUGUUUCUGUGGCUACUCCGAGUUUGCUGACGCAGGGACUGCCCUUCUCUGCCAUGCCCACCGCCUACAACACAGAUUAUCAGCUGACGAGCGCUGAGUUGUCUUCGCUGCCGGCGUUCAGCUCACCUGGUGGGCUGUCCCUUAAAAAAACUCCUUGUCUGCUGGCAACUCUUUUCAAACCUCUUUCCUCGCAGGCUCUCCAGGUGGCACGGCAGCUUCUACUGCAACAGCAGCAGCAGCAGCAACAGCAGCAGCAGCAGCAGCAGCAGCAGCACCUGGUUCCUGUAUCACUAGGAAAUUUAAUACAAGGGAGUCACUUGUCCCACACCACCACUUUGACUGUCAACACCAACCCCAACAUCAGCAUCAAGUCGGAGCCCGUCUCGCCCAACCGGGAAAGAAACACUGCCACCCCGCUCAGCACCUUCCCCCACCAGCCCCGGCACGAGCCCACCGGCCGCUCGCCCGUCGACAGCCUCAGCAGCAACACCAGCUCCUACGAAGGCGAUGCAGACAGCGUCCUGUCGGGCAGUUCGGGGAACUCGGCUAUUUCUGGCCGCUGUCAUUUUGAAGCGGCAUUGAACCUUUCCCAACCGGAGAGGGGAGAGUCUUCCCUCUGCCCCGGCGCAGCGCCUCGGAAGCGGAAGGAUGUGUUUGUGCCGCUUUUAAAGAAAACUGCGGCGUUUUACCGAACCGAACUCGCAAACGAGUUCAUUUUAAGAAUGCGUUCCCGUUCCCACCUGGGCCAAAGCUUUCAAUUAGCGAAAUAG